GGAGCGUGACGGCAGCAGGGAGAAGAGUGAAGUUGCUCAGUGCUGAGGCAGCUGGGGAUAGCUUCAGAGUCAACUCCUCCUAAAGUGCGUUUGAGGGAUACAGUGGAGGAGGCAGGCCCCUGCAGCUCUUCACCUGGGAGGAGAUCGGGCUCCACACGGGCUGGGGGCACCCGCAGCAGGAGAGGUGGCUGGUGAUCGACAGGAAGGUCUAUGACAUGAGCCAGUUCUACCGGCGGCACCUGGGCAGCGCAUGGCUUAUCAGUCUCUAUGCAGGGCAAGAUGCCUGGAUGCCUCUAUAGCUUUCCAUAUCAAUAAAACACUGGUGAGAAAGUCCAUGAACUUGCUGCUGAUUGGGGAGCUGGCACUUGGUCAACCCAGCUUUGAGCCCUGCAAAAAUAAACUGCUGGUAGAGGAUUUCUGUGAGCUACGCACCACCAUCGAGAGGAUGGAACUUCUGAACCCCAACAGCCUCUUCUUCUUCCUGAUUUUCCAGCAAAUUCUGCUGCUAGAGGCUACCAGGUGGAUCACUCUCUGGUACUUUGGGACUUCCCUACUACCUUUCCUCAUCUCUGCGGUGCUGCUGACAACCUCCCUGUCUCAAGCUGGGUAUCUGCAACAUGAUUUGGGACACCUCUCGGUAUUCAGCAAGUUCAAAUGGAACCAUGUAGUUCAAAAGUUUGUGAUAGGCCAACUGUUGUUAACUUCUCAAAAGUUCAUCUUCCAAACUGUAUUAUUCAGAGAUGGUCUCUGCCCAAAGCUCGGGAUGAAGAAGAAGUUCAUGCCUUACAACCACCAGCACAAGUACUUCUUUGUCACACUGCCCCCAUUCCUGUUUCCUGUCUACUUCCAGUACUUUCCAUUGUACAAGACAAUCCAGAGAAAAGACUGGGUGGACCUGGCCUGGAUGCAGAGUUUCUACAUUCAAUUCUUUGAUAAAAUACACUCUGUUCAUGACAAAAAUAGCUUGGUUUUAAGGUCCUCUACAGGCCCUAAAUCUGUUUGGAUUAUGCUCUCUGAAGGAUUCUGA